CAACAACAGGCGAGUGACGCGCGCUGCGCGAUCUCUCCCAAAUCGACGGCGUGGUUGCCUGAGAGUCAUCCACCUGCUUCAGCAGUACCGCAGGCAGAAUGCAGCGAUCGGUUUCUCGUCUUGGAAUCGGCGUGCCCCUGCGCAAAUGGGCGCCACGCAGCAACUUCCCCCGUCGUGUUGCCUUCACAACAACCAGCAUCUCACUGAACGCCAUGUCUCGCCGAGCGUGGCUCAACCCAGAUGGGCCAACCGGAAAGCCAAUUGGCCUGGUCAACCCCAUCAACGCGCCCGAGACGGGCAACGAAAUCUGGAUCCAUGAGACGCCAUUGCCAGUCGCGACCAUGGCAAGAUUUGUGGAGUUCCUUUCGAACCACAAGCUGUCCGAUGGCCAGGUGACGACGAUACCCACGCUCUCACCCUCAGACGUGGCCAAGUUCCUGCAGCCGUACAAUGACUGGGCUCCCGCGCCGUACAACAACAACCCCAUCCCCAGCGAUGCGGCAGUGAACCGGUUCGGCCUGUGCUUGACCGGCUUGCCGGACAUGCUCGACUUCGAAGCCAUGUUCUCGAGCGGCGGCUUCUGGGAACCGACAAAGAUCGACUUUGAACUCGAAAUUUGCAGGCAGCGGCUCUGGACAGGCAUGGUCCCCCUCUCAGACCGACGCUGGGCAGAAAAGAAGCUUGACUCGCCGGAAAACAUUGAUCUCGCGGUUGAAUACCUGCUCAAAACCUGCGAUAUGAUCCACUUCAGCUUGCCGGUAACCUUCACCAGGGCACGUCAGGCUUACAACAAGGGAUACGAUGUCUUUGUCCACUUCGACACCGUUCUGGACGCCUACUACGCCACCACCCUCACCACCCCCCGCCCAAUCCCCGUCCCUCGGCUCGCCGACCUCUGGGCCGAGUUCUACUUCUCCCACGUCAAAUUCAUCACCAACCGUAUCCACACCUGGGCCGCCUCCCGCGUCGACAGCAUCGCCGACGCCAUGAUACAUAGGUCAGAAACUGCCCCUGCACUACCCGGCGCAGCAGACAUGAGCCCCGAACAGGAAGCCCUCUUCACGCAGUUCCAUCGCCUCAGCCAUAUCAUCCGUCGUCUUGACGAGAUGAUACUCUUUCCACUGGUGGGCUUCAAAAACACCCUCCCGCACUGGCAGCAUGCCACUUCGCCACCGACCGUCGACUGGCCUGAAUAUAUCCUGAGUCACGGUGCUACCCCGUUGGGGGGAAACUACCCAGUCGACAUCGUGCAGCGGGAUGAAGUGUACUAUCAGCGGUUAGCGAACCUGGUUCGUCAGGAGCUGACCCUUGCCGCCUCUACUACUGACGCGGGGAAUGAUGAUGUCGAUGCGUUCUCGGGGGAGCGCGUGGCUGAGCCAUUGAGGUGUGUGAGAGCAGCGUAUGCGCAAGGGAGGAGGGACCUGCGAGGGGAGGCAGAGCCGGUUCAGGAGGAGAUGUGGAUUGGGGCGCUAAGGCGGUCCAUGGAGUCGCAGAGUGAGGGACGGCCGCCGGUGUAUACCAAGUGGGGAUUCGUGGCGUAUAGGGUGUGGUAUGGCCACUCGGACGAACAAUGGGCAGCGUUUUUGCGCAAGUUCGAAGCCGAUGUCAACAGCUGGGGGCCGGGGGUCGCUGGAGCCGAGGCAGUCAAGGAGAAACUGGAGAUUAGAUGGGUGGACGGGAGGGACUAUGGGAUUGCCGAGGGGGACGUUGAAGGUGCCAGGAGGCACUUCAGGACGUUGCACGAGAAACAAGGUGCUCGCCUUCACGGCUUGAACGCUCCAGCAUUCUUGGUUGCUGACAAGAGCUGCAUUGAUUCGUAUAUCUAUGACUUUGUGCUGCCUGGGCAGACGCUCAUGGAUGAGGCGGAUAUGGGCCCUUUCAUACUGGUUGGGAGGGAAGAAGUGGGCGGGUCAGGCCGCGAAGCGCCGGGCUUUGAAGGGACGGUCAGGGUUCUAGGGUCGGUGCUGCUUGAUGAUGUCUGGCCCUGUCUGUGGUGGAGGCAUGUUGAGGUGGAGGAUAUGUGGAAUUUGGCGACAUGGCAUCCGUCGUGUGUAUACUCAGGACCGGUGGUGCAGAGCCAGGUUAAAGGCUGGAAGCGGCUUCACAGGCUCAGAGAUGAGUUGCUGAAGAAGGCUGAUGAGUGGCACCGUCAUGGGAGGCUUAACUAGUCGACACGUAGCUCGUGAGUGACUUUAAUUUGUAUUAUUAGGAGGAGGGGCGGCUGGCAGCCAGCAGACAUUUUCGAGUCAAUACUUGCGAUAACGUUAUUUGUAACGUUAUGUGUUUUGAAGUUCACCGUUUGGAAUGUCUAGACUGACGUCCAUAGAGUCA